AUGCCCCCCGCAGUCGCCGCCUCAUCCUCAUCCUCGGCCCAGCCUCGCUGGUUCGCCCAGGCAGCCUCGCCGCCGUCCAUCUCGUCCACCACCGCCGCCGCCGCAGCCUCGCCCGCGCUCCAGCCCACGCUGCCCUCGGCCGAGACGCAGCGCCACGUGGCCGAGGCCCGGGCCGCCGUCGUCGCGUCCAUGGGCAACAUGCUCGACUCGGAGCUGCAGUCGCGCGCGGGCAUCCUGCACGAGAACGCGGCGGCGCUGGAGAAGCAGGAGCGCGACGUGCUGCGCGCGACCGAGGGGCUGCGGCGGGAGACGGUGAAGCUCAAGGCCGAGGCGGACAAGGCGGCGCGCAAGGUCAAGGAGCUGGGCAAUGUGCAGAACUGGGCCGAGGUGCUGGAGAGGGGGUUCCUGGUGCUGGAGGAGACGGUGAGACUGGCGAAUGAGGGGGAGGAUGAGGAUGGGAGUGAGGGGAGCUGUAGCUGUAGCGAGUGCGGGAGGGGAGGCUCUGGUGAGGGCAGUGAUGGAGAGGGCGAUGAAGGCGACGGUCGUGAUGGUCGUGAUGGUGUUGAUGGUAUUGGGGAGAGGAUGGAUGUGGACACAAUGUCGGAUGCCAGUCGGAGCCUGAUGGAGCUGGCCUCGAGCACCGGCACGGGUCGGGCAAAGGGAUCAGAGACGGCUUCGAUAUCAACUGGAUGA